AGCGCGGCCGGCCGUCGCGCCCGGGUGUGCGCCGUGCCGCCGCGGGGAGGGGAUUGGGGGCGGCGGCGGCAGGUGGGGCCUGGAGGCGGGAUGCUGGGGGGCGGCGGCGGCGGCGGGGGUCCGGGCCCCGGGGCGGGCCUGCCGCUGCUGCACCCGCGCACGGGCCGGCUGGUGACGCUGUCGCGGGGGGGCCGGAGCGCGGCUCGGUCGCAGCCCGGCCAGGAGUUCAACCACGGGCUGGUCCUCAGCCGGGAGCCCCUCGCCCCGGGCGCCGUCUUCACCGUCCGCAUCGACAGGAAGGUUAAUUCCUGGAGCGGCUCCAUUGAGAUUGGGGUGACGGCCUUGGACCCGAACCACCUCGAUUUCCCCAGCAGCGCCACGGGCCUCAAGGGAGGCUCCUGGAUCAUCUCGGGCUGCUCGGUGCUGCGGGACGGGCGCUCGAUCUUGGAGGAGUACGGGCAGGACUUGGACCAGUUGGGCGAGGGCGACCGAGUGGGUAUCCAGCGCACGGCCAAUGGCGAACUCCGGCUCUGGGUCAACGGGCAGGACUGUGGCGUGGCAGCCACCGGCAUCCCGCUCCACGUCUGGGCCGUGGUGGACCUUUAUGGCAAGUGUACCCAGAUCACGGUGGUGCCUGGGAACCCGGAAGACGCGGAGGAAGGAGCUGCCCAGGAUGAAGCCCUGGACCUGGCCUGCAACCAGAACCGGCCAGAUAAAUUUCCCAACAGCCUGGAGUCAGAAAAUGGCUUCUCCAGCAUGGAGCUCUCGGAAGUGGUUAGCAACGCCAUCUUGUCGGCCUACAACGGGAGCCUGCUGAACGUCAGCCUCGGCAGCCCCCCCUCGGACUCUGCCCCCUGCGGGGCCCCGCCCAUGACCUCCAACGACGCCCUGCUCUUCCACGAGAAGUGCGGGACCCUCAUCAAGCUCAGCAACAACAACAAGACGGCCGAGCGGCGGCGGCCCCUGGACGAGUUCAACAACGGGGUCGUCAUGACCAACCGGCCCCUCCGUGACAACGAGAUGUUUGAGAUCCGAAUCGACAAAUUGGUGGACAAGUGGUCGGGGUCCAUCGAAAUCGGGGUCACCACGCACAAUCCCAACAAUCUGGAGUACCCAGCCACUAUGACCAACUUGCGCUCAGGAACCAUCAUGAUGAGCGGCUGUGGCAUCCUGACCAACGGCAAGGGGACGCGGCGGGAAUACUGCGAGUUCAGCUUGGAUGAACUGCAGGAAGGCGACCACAUCGGCUUGACCAGGAAGUCCAACAACGCCCUUCAUUUUUACAUCAAUGGUAUUGACCAAGGCGUGGCCACCACCCUGACCCCGCUGGUGGUCUACGGCGUGGUGGAUCUGUACGGCAUGGCUGUGAAGGUCACCAUCGUCCACAACCACAACCACAGCGACCGGCUCCGGCGCAACAAUGCCAUCAUGAGGGCCCUCUCGCCCGAUGUGGGGCGCCGCGCCAUCAAUGCUGCAGGGAACGAGCCCGAGCCGGAGCGCCUCCUCUUCCAUCCGAACUGCGGGCAGAAGGCUGCCAUCAUCAACGAGGGGCGGACUGCGCUGCGGCCCCACGCCACGGAUGAUUUCAACCACGGGGUGGUCCUGAGCAACCGGCCGCUACGCAAUGGGGAGGUCUUCCAGGUGCGCAUUGACAAGAUGGUGGACAAGUGGGCCGGCUCCAUUGAGAUCGGUGUCACCACCCACAACCCCACGUACCUGCAGUUGCCAUCCACCAUGACCAACCUGCGUUCAGGCACCUGGAUGAUGACCGGCAACGGGGUGAUGCACAACGGAACCACCAUCUUGGAUGAAUACGGCCACAACCUGGACCGCCUCAAGGCACGCGACACGGUUGGGGUGGUGCGUAAGGAGGACGGGACGCUCCACUUCUUCGUCAACGGCGUGGCUCAGGGCCCAGCAGCGUGGAACGUCCCACCAAACAUCUACGCGGUUGUGGACCUGUAUGGGCAGGCGGCCCAGGCCACCAUUGUCGAUGACACCGAUCUCCUCCCGCUUCCGGACGACCUGUCUGAGGGGAACAACCAGCUCUCUCCCAGCAGCCCGUCCUCCGUGGCCUCAGGGAGCGACCUGCGUUUCCACCACCUCCACGGCAACAAUGCUGUCAUCACCAAUGGCGGGCGCACGGCGCUGCGCCAGAACUGCCGGAGUGAAUUCAAUGACGCCAUCGUCAUCUCAAACCGGCCUCUCCGAGACGGGGAGCUCUUUGAAAUCGUCAUUCAGAAGAUGGUGGAUCGCUGGUCUGGCUCCAUCGAAGCAGGUGUCACCGCCAUCCGUCCCGAGGACCUGGAGUUCCCCAACACAAUGACGGAUAUCGAUUACGAUACGUGGAUGUUGAGCGGCACGGCCAUCAUGCAGGACGGGAACACCAUGCGCAACAACUACGGCUGCGACUUGGACUCGCUGACGGCCGGCUCCCGCAUCGGCAUGAUGCGCACGGCCAAGGGGGACCUGCACUACUUCAUCAACGGCGUGGACCAGGGCGUGGCUUGCUCGGGGCUGCCCCCAGGGAAAGAGGUCUACGCAGUGGUCGACUUAUAUGGCCAGUGCGUCCAGGUGUCCAUCACCAGCGCCACGGGACCCAUGGACAACAGCCUGUCCACCAGCAACAUCACUGAGAAGUCCUUCCCCAUCCACUCGCCAGUCCCCGGAGUCGCCCACCGUUUCCACAGCAGCUGUGGCAAGAACGUGGCCUUCCAGGAUGACGGGUGCCGGGCCGUGCGUGUGGCCGGCUACUGCCACGGCAUCGUUUUCAGCAUGAAGGAGUUGAAGACGGACGAGAUCUUUGAGGUGAAGAUCGACGAGCUGGACGAGAAGUGGUCGGGCUCGGUGCACCUGGGGCUGACCACCCUGCUGCCCCUGGACGCGCCCUACACAGUCACGGGGCUGCCGGCGUCCGUCCUGGAGCUCCGCUCCAAGGUGACCUGGCUGGUGGCCGGCUCCGAGGUGCGGCGCAACGGCCUCCUCCAGAAGCAGAACUACGGCUGUUCGCUCGAGCGCCUCGGGGUGGGGAGCCGCGUGGGGGUGAAGCGCUGCACUGACGACACCAUGCACAUCCUGAUCGAUGGAGAGGACAUGGGGCCGGCAGCCACGGGGGUGGCCAAGAACGUCUAUGUGGUGCUGGAUCUCUAUGGCCGGGUCACGUCGGUCUCCAUCGUCAGCUCCAGCACGCUGGAAGAGGCGGACGGCACCAAACCCCCCUCGGUGACCUCUGAGCCCUACAGCGAGGAGGAGGAGGAAGAGGAGGCCACGCCUUGCGAGAACGACGCCCCGGCAGCCACGUCUUCCAUGGAGUUCCUGGAGAACCACGGCAAGAACAUCCUCCUCUCCAACGGCAACCUGACCGCCACCCGAGUCUCCAGCUACAACCAGGGCAUUGUGGUCGUGGCCCAUCCUCUCCCUCAGCAGGAGCUGUUCCAGUUCCAAAUCGACUCCCUGAACCAGCAGUGGACGUCCUCGCUCUCCCUGGGGGUCAUUGGCAGCUCCCCCGAGCGGCUCAACUUCCCCGCCACGGCCUGCUCCCUGAAGCGCUCCGCGUGGCUGCUGCAGCGGGACUCCGUCUUCCACAACUCCCUCAAGGUCUGCGAGAACUAUGGCCCCAACCUGGACACCUGCCCGGAGGGGACGGUGCUGGGCAUCCUGGUGGAUUCCAGCAGCUGCCUCCACCUCUACGUCAACGGGAUGGACCAGGGGGUGGCCGCGCAGGACAUCCCCAGCCCCUGCUACGUGCUCAUUGACCUCUACGGGCAGUGUGAACAGGUUACCAUCGUCACCAACGGGACUCCUGCGGUCGGAGCAGAGGGCGCCGAUCCCCACGGCCAGGGAGACAUGGAGAAGGCUGACAUGGUGGACGGUAUCAAGGAAAGCGUGUGCUGGACGCCCCCCGUGGACCUGAACAGCAUGAAGACCUGCGAAUACCAUGCCCUCUGUGGCCGCUUCCGAGAGCUCCUCCUCCUGCCAGAUGAUUAUUUUGUGGAAGACCCCAAGUUCAGCCUCUGCUACUGCGAGUCGUGCCACAAGCUCCGGGGUGACGAGGCCUACUACAAGCGUGGGGAGCCCCCCAGGGACUACGCCCUGCCUUUCGGAUGGUGCCGCUUCAACCUCAGAGUCAACCCACAGCUGGAAGUCGCCAGCACCUCCAAGAAGUGGCACAUGGCCUACCACGGAACGAGCGUUGGGGCCGUACGCCGCAUGCUGGAUCAAGGAGAGCUAGUGCCAGGAAGCGCGUCCAUCUUGAGCUGCCGCCCGGUCAAGGCAGACCCGCAGGGCGGUGGGGGAGGCAGCGGCGGUGGCGGCGGCGGCGGGGUUUACCACGAGGCCGAGGAGAACAGUUCGCAGGGCCGGGAAGAGCUCCAGCGCGUCCUGCUGUCCCCCACGCUGCGCUACGCCGGGCUGGAGUCUUUUGCCACCAAAGUGCAAUUCAAGGACCCCAAGUCCCACCGGCAGCACUCCGCCCAGGUGGCCUUCCAGGUGUGCGUGCGGCCCGGGUCCUACAAGGCGGGCCCCCAGUCCCUGACCGCCCCCGAGGCCUUGGACCCCCGCUUCAGCAGUGCCGAAAUCGAGUGGGUCACCAAGGAGAAAGGGGCUACCGUCCUGUACGGGCUCCUAGUCCGCGUGGAGUGAGGCCACCUUGCUGCCUGCUCCUGCAGAGGGGCUGCUAUGCCACAACGCAGCGGGGGAAGAACGGGGGAGGCUCUUGCCAAAACGAUCCCCCCCCCAACCUGCCCUCCUACGCACAGACUGGGUGGAUCUUGAGAGUCCAGAAGGCUUUUUGGCUACAACCAACGGGCACAAGAGACUCAGAAGAGACCUCUCAAGGCAGGGGCAGGAUGGCGCCCUCUCCUGGCCAGGGACAACGGCGGCUGCUUCCCCCCCCUCCUUUUUUCUUUUGCACAGACACAAGACAAGCUAAAUGGGAUAUUGUUUUUGGGGGGGUGGGAUGUUGGGCUGAGUCUUGUAUUUAAGAGCAUGAAGGGGGAUUUUGGGGGGAGGGGGGAUGGAAAAGGAAGGGGGCUUAGUUGCCACAAAAGGACUUCAUUGGAUUUUGGACUUUCUGGAACACCCAGGGGUUUGUAUGAUGACAAUGUCCCCCCAUCCCUCCCCCCCCCCAUCUUGCAGCAUUGCCAUAGGAACUGAGUGGAAUGAGCAGCUUUUGGGUGUGUGGCGGGGGUGGAGAGAAAUCCUGUGUUUCUGCUUCCCCUAUCCCAGGGUGGCCAUGGUGGCUACAUUAGUGGCCCGUGGACAUUGGAACUUGACUGGUCAGCCUUGAAAGGGGUUGUGGAGGGCAGCCCAGGCCCCUGUCUGGGGGGAGAGUGCUGGUGUAGGCCUGGGGCUUUUCUCUUUGGCGUGUGAGUGACUUGACUUCAUAGUCCACGUGUGGAUUCCCCCCCUCCCCCCCCCCCCGCUUAAUCUGUUGGGGUGUCCUCAGUGGAGGUCCACUUCUCUGCACGCCUCCCAAUUUCUGCCGCCUUCUGGGCCAGCUCUGUUUACCCCGCAAGGACAAUCCUGCCCCCAGGAGCACCCGGGGGCGUGCCUGGCUACUGAAGGCAGCCCGGGCCACAGCACUGACCUGGUCAGUCAACCUCUGAAAGGUUGCUCUUUGGUGGGUGGGGAGAGACAGAUGCAUCGUUUCCCUUCUGACUACUCUAAAUGCAACUUGAAUGUCUAUCCCAGGGCUUUCAGCCUGGAGGCCUCAGAUGUCGAUGCUGUUGUUGGACUCAAUGGCCGGAGGAAGUUGUAAUCCAGCAUCACCUGGGGGCUAAAGGUUGAGGACCCCUGCCCGCUCUGCCCCCAGCUUUUCUUUAGCUCUACCCACCUAAGGCAAGUCUCUGAUUAUCACCCUCCCCAGCCCCAGCCCCGUACAAGAAGCACACCUUCCUCUCUCCCCUUGACUUUCGGUUGAUUUACUCUUCCAUUUGGACAGAUGCCCUACACCCACAACACCUAUUUUCUCCCUUUCCCCAUCCAUAUAACUUUCCUGUCUCUUCCCCUUAUUUAUUGAUACCUGUGUUUGGUUGUCAAACAAAAAAAAAAUGUGAAUUUUUUUUUUUAAGGGGCAAAGGGUGUCGGGUUCAAAAGACCCAUCCUCUCUCCCUUGGUUUAUAAAUAUAUAUAUAUAUAUAUAUUUUAAAUUGUAUUUAUGCUGCUUUUUCACUUUAUUUGAUGGAAAAUGACAUGCAUUAUUUUUUUUUUACAUCUGUCUAAAGGUUUUUGUUCUUGAACAAAAGUUAAAAGGUUGUACAGUGUGUUUUCUCCCCCCACCCCUCACCUGGCAAGGGUUUAUAAAGCGGAAAUCAACUGGU